UUUAUGUGGCACUCAACUGUUAACUUCAAAUUUAAAUAAGUCUAUAUUUAUAUCGAUAUACAAAACGAUAAACAAUAAUGACAUAAACAUAAUAUCGAGAUUCCCAAUAGAACUUAUUUUUACUUACAUUCGUAUUGAAGACACGAGACAACACAGUAUUCUAAAUUAAUAAUUAUAGGAAUUCUGUGGAGAAAGAAACGACUAUUGUACGAUCUCUUGCAAACGCGGUAAAAAAGAAAAGUGAAUAACUACGUGAAAUAAAUAUAAAUUUUGAUGAAAAUGCUCACGUGCUAAGAACGGAAAGUUGAAAGUUUAAUAUGAUUUUCUCACCUUGUAAUGAUGACUAUAUCAAAUAUAAUACGUACAACAUAAUUUAGAAAAAUUAAAUAAACAUAAAUAGAUCUAAUCACUGAAAAAAUGAUCUUUGGACGUUAAAUUGCAGUAUGAAUAUCGUGAGUCUCAUAUUAUUUCACUUAUUUCAAAUUGCAAGUAAAAUCUUUGCAAAAAGGCAAAUUAAGAAACAGGAAAAUUAUCUGAAAGAAAGGAUGAGGAAGUGGACGAAGUGGAUGAGGAAGAGGAGUGUAGAAUUGUAUGCAAACAGGUUUCUACGAACUAGUGGUUUAAAUAAUAUCGCAACGUAUCGAUUUCUAAAAUGUAUAAUUCUGCAAAAUAGUAUGAUUUUUGCCUUGUCAAAGGAAAUUGGUAAUUUACCAUGUCUUGAGCAGCUUGACUUAUCAAAUAAUUUUCUUAGAUAUUACAAUAACCAUGAAUGGCUUUGGUUAGAACAAAUUCCUAUAAGAAACAAUCUAAUGUAUCUAAAUUUAUCAAAAAAUUUGUUGACUGUAUUACCGAUACAAAUUAUAAUGUUAAGAAAGUUAAAAAAGUUGUGCAUUAGUCAUAACAGAUUGACACAUUUACCACAAGCUUUAGGAUUUCUAAGACAUUUGAUGAGUUUAGACGUAUCAAAUAACAAAUUGGCGUAUUUGCCAACAAGUAUUUUUAAAAACAAUUUAUAUCUAAAUAUUAUGAGUAAUCCACUUAACUAUCCUUUGAGAGAAAUAAUGAUGCCAUUAGAGUCACAAAGUCUCUUUGAAUUUUCAGCUAGAAUAGUUAUAAAACAAUGGAGGCAAUCUGAUUUCGCAGGAGAACUGUCAAUACCAAAUGAGAUAACUAGACAUUUAUUUGAUAUGAAAUAUUGCAACAAUUGUGGACAUCCUUGUUUGGAUUAUUAUGUAAAAUCGUAUGGAGUAUACUGUACGAUUAGUCAUAUAUUCAUAUUUUAUGGCUAUAAUCCUUUAGAGCGUAAUUCUGUAGCGCGUAUUUGUUUCCAUCCACGUUUUCUAGAAAGAUUUAUUUUAGAGGGUUUGCCUCCAGGGUUAUAUUUAACUAUUGAAUUUUGUUUUUGUUCACGCCGUUGUUUUUAUAAUUGCAUAAUUUAAUUGCAUAAUUUUUCCAUUUAAUUAUUAUAGAGUAGAUUAACAAUCACGAUUCACAAUAUACAUUAACAUUAUCAAAAACUUGAUACUUGGAAACUUCUAUUUUGAGAAUAUUUCUUAAAUGUGUUUUAGUGAAUCGAUUUUUUUAUUAAU